AUGUAUGAAACUGGGAAACUUGCACAGGUCACAUCAGAAAUGAGGCGAUAUAACUUGCACAUUUUGGGAGUUGGUGAAAGUAGAUGGACAGGUUCUGGUAAAAAAAGGACAGACACAGGAGAAACAGAUCUUUACUUAGGCAGAGAUGACAACCAUCAUUUUGAAGGAGUAGCCAUCAUCCCCAAGAAAGGCACUGAGAAGGGACUUAUUGAAUUGAAACCUGAUAAUAGUAGAUUGAUAACAGCAAAAUUGAAAGGAAUACACACCAACAUGACUAUUGUACAGUGCUAUGCACCAACAAAUGACAGUGAUGAAACUGUGAAAGACAAUUUUUACGAACAACUUCAAGCAGAAGUGAGAUAUGUACCACACCAUGAUCUUCUGGUGGUGAUGGGUGAUUUGAAUGCCAAAGUGGGAAACAACAACACUGAUAUGGACAGAAUAUUAGGUAAACAUGGAUGUGGUACUAUAAAUGAUAAUGGAGAAAGACCAGUAGAAUUAUGUGCAGCUUACAACCUGGUAGUAGGAGGAACACUCUUUCCACAUCAAGAUAUACAUAAAUUAACAUGGAAUUCUCCGAAUGGAAGGGAUAAGAAUCAGAUUGACCACCUUAUGAUAAAUGGUACUUGGAGACGUUCAUUACUAUAUGUUAAAGUUAAGAGGGGAGCAGAUGUUGGUAGUGACCAUCACCUUGUUACUGCAAAAAUUAAGAUGAAAUUGAGGAGUACAGGACGUAAAACACUUGUCCCUACACGUUAUGAUAUUGAAAAAUUACAAGAUCAUAAAGUAAAGAAUGCAUUCAUCCUUCAAUUGAAGAAUAAGUUUCAAGCUUUGGCAGAUAAUCCUGACAUGAUCCCAGCAGAAACAACAGAAGUCAACUCAAAAUGGGAUCAAAUAAGAACAAUAUACGAAACAACUAGCGAGGACUGUCUGGGUUUUGAACAUGGUAAAAAGAUGAAGAAAUGGAUAACACCAGGUACUUGGAAGGUUAUAGAAGAAAGACGUCAUAUGAACAAGAAGAUACUAGACACAAAAUCUAAAAGGCUACAAGAAAGACACAAAGCAAGCUACAGAGUACUAGACAAAAAUGUUAAGCGAUUGGCUAGAGCAGACAAAAGAGCUUACAUGGAAGACCUUGCUAAACAAGCUGAAGAAGCAGCAGAAAAGGGUGAACAGGGAAAAAUUUACAAGAUAACAAGAGAAAUCUGUGGCAAAAUUUCGUAG